AGGCCGGUUUAGCGGCUUGUAACACCUGUUCAUAUUUGGCGCCGAGUGACGCGUCAAUAUUAUAAUUAGACAAAAUCUCGCGCGACCAUAGCUGCCAUGUGACACACUGUAAUGGCUGCGCCCAUGUUCUAGCGAAUUUUGAAUGAGUUUUUCCAAGUUUAUACUGAUAUUCUGACUGUAAUUAAACAUGAACCGAGGUGACGAAAUUUCGUCUAUUGAAAACAAUGGUUGCGAUUCAGAUGACGGGUUUUCCGAUGAUGAAAUGUGGGAUAAUAUGGACUUUGGUGCAUUUGAUUUAAUCGAGAUUGGCGAUCGUGAACGAAAUGUCAUUCAACAUGGCAAUUUAGAAGAAAAUGAUACCGAUGACGAGUUACAAGAUGACUUGCCACUGUUUUACCACGCGCCUGAGUUUACCUGGACACAUGAGCCAUAUUCGGUUACCUGCAGAUCAAUGUUUACUAAAAAAUCUGGGGCCCGUAAAAGUGUUUGACGUCAACACAAACGCCAUAGAGUACUUUUCGCUAUUUUAUUCCAAUAUAGUGUAUGGAAAAAUUGUGUAAUUUACCAACAUGAAUGCCAAAAAAAGCAUGAUACAGAUCCUGCUAACAACAAUGAUGUUUCUGUUGAUGAAAUGAAAGCUUAUUAUGGCUUGUUAAUUUUGCAAAAGCAUUGUAAAUAUAUUUCUAAAAUUAUAACUGGAAUGUUAAUUAAUUAAUUAUCCAACAAGAAAAACAUUUGUACUUGGGUUUUUUUUAAAUUACCAGUCCUACCUACUCAAAUAGUGAUAUCCGUAAACACCAGUUAGAGUGCACCUGCAGAUUUCUGGAUUUCAUCAAAACGGCCACAACUGAUUGGGGAUUCCUGAUGCUUCACAAUACCAAGUGCAGUGCCAAGAAUAUUGAAACGUGUGGUGUGAAACCAGAAACUAAACCAGCGUCCAGACUAGGUGUCCCCGUCUAUGCAUUGUUUGGUGGACAGGUCUUUGAUGUGACGUCUCGUGACUUGAAGGCUCAGUUGAUCAGUAUGGAUAAGCAACAGAGAAGAGUCAUCAAGGCUCUGGCAAGUCCACUUGUGAGACUCGAGUUCAAUGCCGCUCGAAAGACUGAGUUUGAGAAAAACAUCGCUGAUGCAGAAACUUUGUCUGCCAUGGUGUCGAAGCUAGAUACUGGUGAAUUGUUCAACAGUUCUCAGACCUAUGAAGUGAUUGAAGAGAAUAAGGCCUACACACCGUUGCAAAGAGAAAUAUUUUACUUCAUCAUCUUCCAUGCUGCGGUGAUGUGUCUCUUUAUAAUUCUUAUUAUAGGCAAGAACCAAAACAGUACAACCGUUUCAGAAACAAAUACCAGUGUGCGACCAGCAGGCAGUGGCGUGAGACCGACGAAACACGCCAGUACUUCGAAAGCAAACGUCAGUGCCAUGCCGUUGCAGGGAGAACCAAACAGUCCUCAGCUGUUUAAGCAGAUGGAGAAGUAUUCACACGAACCUGGUUAUGGUACCUUAGAACUAACUGGCCAUGGUACGAAAAAAUCGCAGAACAUCGGGCAGCUGCAAGGGCUGAGCAGGGAGCUGCAGAGUGAGAUGGACAGCGUGCUGAAUCACCACGGAAAGAGUCACAAGAAGAAAGGAAAGGAACCUAGCAACAGAGGUCAAAGUAAGGCGGACAUGUACUUCCAGGAAUGUGAACUUAUUGGUGUGGUGGAUGAUGUCGGCGACAAGGAGGAUGAGUCGGUGGAAACGAUCCACCAAGAAGCCGAUGGCCGUCCGCUGGAUACGAACCAGGACAGGUCUCUGCAGGAUCUGUACUUCCAGGCACCGGACAUCGACGUGCUGUAUGAAACUUCGUACCAGUACCUGCAGGAGGUCAACAAGGGACAUCAGGUGAACACAUUAGACAGGCUCAUCGAAGAUCUAAAGAGCACGUUUUCGCACGGUAAGAAACGAAACCGGUAUGUGGUAGUGCCCAGCUACAGGCUGCAUGAUUCAAAGUUGGACAAACACCCGCCAACAACACCUUCCGCUGAAGUGCCAGGUGAAAAAUCUGAAUAUGCAAUAAAAUCCGAUGAUGAACCUGAAAAAUUAGGUCGUGAUGAACAGCGAAGCAAAUGCUUGAAGAAAUCGAAAAAUGAGCACCUGAGUGAAAAGUCAGUAAAUCGUGGUUUCGUGCCAGAUAACGAGAUUGAGUACAAUGAGGAAUUGCACACGUACCAUCAGGAAAUGGAUCUCGGGCAACCUGAUCUUGAACUACAGACCCUCAAUUCUGAACCACAAAGUGAAUCGCUGAGUAAAACAUGCGUACACUGCAUGGGUAAAGAGAAGCACAGAGUGGGGGAGCGGAAGGCAAAUAGGUCUAGAUGCACACCGUCCGCCAGAUGGCAGGAUAAGACUGGCAAAGAGCCAAAGAGAUCUCUUCAAGAGUACGUGUCUGCACUGAGAGAUAGCGGCCCGAUAAAGUACACGUUCUUGAAUGACGAUGAUGACACUGACGUGGAGGACGCAGGGUCAGAUGGUGACGAUUGUCAGGAUAGGAACUACAUGCAAGAACCUGAUAAGAAAGCAGUAAAGUGUACAUUCCUACAUUAUCACAAUUGUGGUGCACAUCGAAAGAAAUCUGAAAACGUAUCACAGGAAUUGGGUGGCAAGCUGUCAAAAACGAAGUCAACGAAACACGGGCUGGUAUCCUGUCUCAGACAACAGGAUCGAAACUCGGACAGAUACCGGCAAGGGUCAGAUAUGCAACUUCUCGGUUCGAAAACAGACAAGUGUAGGCACGUGUCUGAUAAUGGGCAACAGUCUGAUACUGAAAAGCAAGACACAAAGUCAAACCAAUGUGUUCAAUACUCCGACACCCAAAUGCAGUGUGAGAAGUCUCAUAAACACCUUCGAAAGUCUAAUACUGAAGAUCAGCUACAGAAAUCGGAUACAAAUCUGCAGAAAUCUGCUACCAAACUGCAAGCUAGGAAAUCAGUCAACUCCCUGCAAAAAUCUGAUACUGAAGUACAAGCGAAACAAUUAGACAGGUACUCACAAGAGUCCGGCACUGAACUACAAGUCACGAAAUCAGACAGGUGCGGGGAUAAGUGUGAUACUGCACUGCAGGAUAAGCCGCCGGAAUCUCAUAGCAAUGUACUGUAUGACAACUCAGAACAACACUCCCAUAAACCGGGCGGCAGACCUCGCAGAAUGAAGAAAUACAAAUACAAGUUCAUACCGUGCUAUAAACCGCAUGUCGUGCACUCGAAUGAAUACCAACCGAGAUCUGAGAGUGUCCUGCAGGACACGGAAGCAGACGUGUAUCUGCAAGAAUCCUACCACAAACUGCAAGAGAGAAUAUCCGAGCCAGAGGAGCUAGAGGUCGCAACUGAACUGCAACAUAAGAAAGCAGAUGGAUUAUGUGAAGAAUCUGAUACCAUGCUGCAAGAUUGGAAACCAAAAACAUAUCUGCAAGAACUGGCUAGGAGAAACCGUAAGAAGAUAUCGUUAAAAUACGUUUACCAGGUAAAAUCGAAUACUGAACUGGAAUAUAAGGAAUUAGACAAGUUUCGUCAAGACUCUAAAACAGAACUGGUAACUAAGAUGUCCGACAGGUUUCUUCAAGAGUCUCAGAUGGAAUUGAUAACUCAGAAAUCAGACAAGUGUUCUAAGGAGUCUAAGAUGGACUUGGUAACUCAGAAAUCAGACAAGUGUUCUAAGGAGUCUAAGAUGGACUUGGUAACUCAGAAUUCAGACAAGUGUUCUAAGGAGUCUAAGAUGGACUUGGUAACUCAGAAUUCAGACAAGUGUUCUAAGGAGUCUAAGAUGGACUUGGUAACUCAGAAAUCAGACAAGUGUUCCAAGGAGUCUAAGAUGGACUUGGUAACUCAGAAUUCAGACAAGUGUUCCAAGGAGUCUGAGAUGGACUUGGUAACUCAGAAAUCAGACAGUUUUCUUCAAGAAUCUAAGACAGGACUGGUUUCUAACAUAUCAGACCAGUUUCUUCAAGAGUCUAGUACAGAACUGGUUUCUAACAUGUCAGACAAGUUUCUUCCAGAGUCUGAGACAGAACAGUUAACUACCAUAUCAGACCAGUUUCUUCCAGAGUCUGAGGUGGAAUUGAUAAGUCAGAAAUCGGAGAGCAUCUUUCCCGAUUCUGAUCCUGACUGGCAAGACAGGGAAUGGGAGAUUUGCUUGGAUGAGUCUGACAUUGAGUGGCAAGAUGACAAGUUGGACAAAGAGCUUCAGGGAUGUGAUUACACAGGGCAGGAGGAGAAGGCGGACAAAGAUCUUGAGGAACUCCAUAGCAUACAGCACAUGGAACAAACUGACAACACAUAUGAUGAAGCGAAACCUGGAACUUCAACCCAGGGUAUUGAGGAAAUGUAUUCAAAACGAAAAGUCUUGGCAAGGUAUUAUCGAAGAAAGAUGAUUUCUAAUAAUCUGCGCCGAGUUAUUGAUGUGAUGAAGAAACCGAAAAUGCCUCAUGACAUGUUUUAUGGGAACCAAGGAGAAUAGACUACACACUGUUCAGUUUGCAGAGGCAUUUGUAUCAAGUUUUGUUUAAUGUGUGUGGUGGCAUUACCCCAUCCAGCCCCACCCUCUAUCAUUGUUUGGUUUGUAAGCCCGUUUGUAUGUUGAUAAUGGUAAAAGAACACGUUACUGCUAGUUUACUUUCACUACAGGCCCCAGAAUUUAUUUUAACUUUCAAUGCCAGUGUUCGGAAUAAGCACUUGUCCGUUUGUCCCAACAAUUGAAAAUCUAUUCGGAUAAGCAAACCGUGCCGCGGUGGUUGUCCAGUGGACAAGUUAAAAUAUUCUGUGCAGUUUCAUUUUGAGCAAUCACAAACAUCAUUCUGGUACUUUAAUAAAACAAACCAUUUAUUUGGACAAGUGAAAAUAUUGGCAGACAAGUAGAUUUCUAGAUGUAUCUGCCCGGUGGACUAGUAAAACAUUCUGCUUAUUUCUAUCACUAAAUGCUUCAAGAUGAAUUUUGUAACAUUUUACACAAGUAUUUAUAUUGUUUUAUAAGUAUAGUAGUCAGAUGCAUAGGUAGGGGUGUUGGGUGGGAGUGUGGGUGUGGGGGGUGGGGGUGUUACGGACGAACUGUUCCGCUGAAACUAAAACAAUUUUUUUUACAGUGCAAUAUUAGGCUAAUCACAUACGGUAGAUAUUCAGGAACAAAUAUGGACAAAAAUAUCUGCUAGGUUUCCAUUUGAUAAGCACCCACGCCUACGUCCAUACCAAACUUUGUCCCUAGUGGUGAAGUUCAAGUAUGGAAAAGGUAUGGCCUUGUACAGAACUCCCUGCUGUACUGUAAUUUCCUUCAUGUUUCCUGCUGAACUAGAUAACCUGCAACUAGCCAGAGUACUCUUUCGCUCGAGAGCCAGGCAGACAUUUGUACCGUUAAGAUCGCUACCGUACAAAUGUCGUCUAGGUCUCGAAAGACCUAGUACUCGGGCUAACUUGCAACUUGUGUGCUACAUGUAUUCAAAAGUAUAACGGGAAAAAAAAACUUCUGCAUUUAAACUGAUUACACUUUUAAGUCUUCAAAAUGUAACUCAAUUACGCAAUUCUUGGAAGAUAUUUGAUCCAAUCUACUAAACAUAGAGAACUUGCUAAUUAAUUCUAAACUGUGUCCAUCCAGAAAUUGUAAUUUCACUUUUGUAGUUGUUCCUAAUCUAUUACUACAUCUUUUACUAGUUAGUUUAGACGCAAUAACAUUUCACAUGUAUAUUUACAUGUUUCUCUGACGACGCUGUUUUUUCGUAAUUAUGUAAAUGUAUUAUGUAAAAUUAUGUUUAUGCCUAUAGGCAAUUGUUUUGGCAAAUAAAUGAAUUGAAUUGAAAAUAAAAUGGCUGUCGUGGAUAGUCUGCAGACUAAGUCUAUCUGCGAGGAAGAUCAUCAGUCACGUGACCAACGUGAACGCUGGGCCCAUACCGGUACCACGUAAGCUGAUUGCUAAUGGCAGGGGCCGUUCAAAUAUUACAUAACGCUAUUUUUGUCAAAUAUAGACACACCCCCCCCCCCCCCCCCCCCCGUAACGCUAGACCCCUAAAA